UAUUGCAUAAUUAAAUCAUUGAUAAUUUAAAAUAACUAUUAUUAUUGAAAUUUUAAUAUUAAUGAGAGUGAAAAAGUAGGAAUUAUUUAUCGAUGCCAGAUUAUUGGCAAAAUUCUAGAGCAUACUUAUUAGAGAAAAAAAAAAAAAAAGAAACCAAUAUUACGAGCAUAUAAAGCAUCAACUUGAGCCCAUAAAAAAUAAUAAAGGAAUUUAUAUUUAACGAGUAAAAUUAAAAUUCCAGUUCAAGUAAUAAAAAAAAAUAUACAUCAAUAUAUAUUAGCCCUGUAAAGACCCUAAACUAUUUGCAAUUUAAAAAAAAAAAAAAAAUAAUAGAUAAAUCAUUUUUGCAUUUUUAAAAUUGGCAAAAUAUCUUGCAAGCAAAAAAAAAAAAAACUACUCAAAUAGUUUAAAAGUAAUUAGCGAUAAAGAUAUUUGUUCAAAGUUUUUUUUUUGCUAAUGAAGUUGUUUUAAUAAGUAGUUUCAAGAAAGAUGAAAAAAAAAAAAAUAUAUUAUUCUAUAUUUUUUGAGUAAACAAGAAAAUUAAAUUUAAAAAAAAAUAGUCAAUUUGUUUAAAGAGUCAGACACGUGGAGUAAGUUUUAGCCCACUGACCGUUGAUAACAUGUUAGAAAAUUGACGUUGACGCAUCAGAGUGAGAUAGUUUGUGUGAUAAAAGAUUGUGCUUAUCAAUGUAUUAAAUAAAGAUAGAUAAAUUUUUUUUAGAAAAGGAUAUAGUAUAAAUUGCGACCUUCUUUCAUGCACGGUCAUGGCAAGUGCGCUAGUACUAACCACCCCUUUCUUGUUGUGUAUGUGGUGGUUUAUUACGAGGGGGUUGAUGUUGGGAUUCGCGCAAGCGUUCUUCUUGUGAUAUCGAUACCUCAGAGAGCCCGGGCCACAGCAUUGUCAGUGUGCUCGAGAGGCUGUUACUGAAUGUUACAAAUAAAAACUUAGUGCCACUCAUUGGACUUUCUCUCAUUUUCUGCAACACACAAGUGAAUUUAAUUUUAUCAUUACAACUAACCAUUUUUUGUGUUAAACAUUUAUCAUAAAUUAUUUUAAUAAUAUUAUUAAAUACAUAGAUAAAUAAUGCAAGCUAUAAUAUAUGAAAAAAAGUAUUAUAAAAUAUUUUAGUAGAAAAAAAAAAUUAUUUUUCUUUAAUCAAAAAUAUAUUAAUUAAUACUUUUUCAUGAAAAGUGGUAAUUUUAAUUUUUGAUAAAUAAAGUGUACAUGGUUUUCAACCUUGACCUACGAAGUUAGCAAGUGAAUAAAAAUUUUUAGUGUCAUUAAAAGUAUGAGAAUAAAUAGCACUGCCAGGAAAAUAUUCAAUCGGAAUGAUUGCCAAAGGUGCAAUUUGCAGAUAUCUGCAAAUGCAUAGGAGUGGCUCGAUGUAUACACUGAUUUUUUCUCUAACAUCCUGAAAAUUAAAAAAAAAAACGUCAAGAGAAUAUAUUUGAGGAUUAAUAGAGAGUGCUGUCCUUUAAAAUCGAAAAAUAAUAGUAAUAGAUACAAUAGUAAUUAUUAAGGGACGUAAUUAAAGGAUAAAAAAAAUACAAGUGUCGUUUGAGGGGGAUGCAGUGCAAAGGGGUGGCGGCAUGGAGGAGCCCUCAUUGGAGGCUCUCAUGCAGGCGGGCCUCAUUUUUGUCGUCGGCGUUGCCAUUAUUCUCUCAAAUUUACUCAUCAUCGCAACUUAUCUCAAUUUCCGUGGUCCCUCCGAGGUGAUAAAUUGUUACUUACUUUCAUUGGCAUCAGCAGAUUUACUUUGUGGUCUGCUUAUUGUCCCCCUUUCUGUAUAUCCAGCUCUUGUUAGAAGAUGGGUAUACGGAGAUAUUGUUUGCCGUCUUGUCGGCUAUCUAGAGGUAACACUUUGGGCUGUCUCUGUUUACACGUUCAUGUGGAUAUCCGUCGAUCGUUAUCUAGCAAUCAGAAAACCACUACGUUACGAAACAGUACAAACAAAAACAAGAUGUCAAUGCUGGAUGGUAUUUACUUGGAUAAGUGUGGCAAUGAUGUGUUGUCCACCAUUACUCGGUUUCAACAAACCAAUUUUCGAUCACGAAGCAUUUGUAUGUAUGCUAGAUUGGGGAAAUAUGGCAGCAUAUACAAUAACAUUGUCAAUACUUGUACUUGGUCCAUCAGUUAUAACAAUUGUUUACACAUAUGGCUAUAUAUUUUCAAUGAUGAGAAAGCUCAAAUCGGGUGUACCAAUACACGACAAAGAAUAUGCAACAGCAUUAGCUGAAAAUUUAAGUAAUCCAAGUCAUUUAAUGUCAUUUGUACUGGUAAUGGCAUUUUGGCUAUCAUGGGCACCUUAUGCAGGUCUCAGAAUAUACACUAGUGUCAAUGGAGGACCACCCCAGAUUCCUUUUCUUCAAUUUGCUGUUGUAUGGAUUGGUAUAACAAAUGGAUUUUGGAAAGCUGUUAUACUUGGAACACUGAGUCCACAAUUUCGUCUUGCUGCUCGAGUACUUUGUUUGACACUUUGUUGUCGACACAGAAGACUCCCACCGGAGCUUCUUGGUCUCGAUGAUGAUGAUUAAAAAUGAUAAAUUAAAUUAUCAUAAAUAUAUUAAUAUAAUUAAAUAAACAAACUUUAAAAAAAAUUAAUAAAUAAAACAACAGUUAAUUAUACAAUUCGUGCGCGUACGCAUUCCUAGAGCAUCACUAUUUACCAAGAAAUAAUUUAAAUAAAACAAUCGAAUUAAUGCUCAUUCGAUUUUUGUGGUUGUCCACAGUUUUUUUUUUUUUUUUCUAUUAUUUAACUUAUUUGUAAUGUGUUGACAAACAUUUUAAUCAAAUCAAGAAGUAUAAAUAAACAAUUGUACGCUUGGUUAAAAAUAUUAAAUAUAUAAUUAAAAUAUUUAAAAAUAGUCAAAUUAUCCAACUUGCAAUUGUCACGUAUAUUUAAUUAAUAAAAGCUAAGAUAAUCUUGCUUCGCUCAAUCUAGAGUCUGUUAAUUUUAAUUAAAGAUUACAUAUUUAACAAAAAAAAUUUUAAAAACUGUUCGUAUACACAUGACAAUUAAGGGCUAAUCACAAAAUACGUAAAAAAAAAAAAUUAUUAAUCAUUGCCUAUCUGUACGUUUUAAGAACACGCUCAAUAAAUGUCGUAGCGAGCUAAAAAAAAAAAAUCAUUAAUUAAUUAUUAUUGUCUAUUCAAUCGGUAAAAUAUUAUAAUUAUAUAAUUAUUAUUAUUAUUAUUAAAUAUUAAAGAAAACUAGUCAAUUAAUGUCAGAUGACUCUACGAAUGUGACGUGCCGAUUUAACCGAUAAAUGUCUGCUAAAUAACAGCAAAUAAUUAAAUAAAAAAAACAUAUAUACAACAAGAUUAAAACAAAAUAGAGAAAAGAAAAAUACAAGUGUUACGGUUUGCGUAAAAAGUAUAUUAAAUUAAAAUAGCUUUUGAAAAUGCGCUUCUUUUUAAUUUAAUUUAAAAAAUAUAAAAUCGAUCGGUUUAAAUAUUUUUUAUUAUUAAUUGAAUAAAUUGUCUCGUAAAUUUUUGGCUUAAACUAUUUAAAAAAAAGAAGUUUUAAAUGCUAAAAAAAUAAAAUCAUAGUGAAUGGUAUUUUUUUUUAUUUUGCGAGACAGCUUAGCUUGUAAUUUUUUCAACUUGCGACAUUGUAAAAAUACUAGUUUUUUUUUCUUUCUCGGCUUUACAAAGUAUCGUAUAAAAUUUAAAAAAAAAGUUGUAAAAAAAAAUAAUUUAAUUAUAAAUACGUGUAUAUUAAAUGAAAACAAUCUGAAUGUAGUUAAUGAUUAGAAAAUUAAUAAUGCAAUCAUGAAACUUUAAAGGAAAAAAAGUAGAUAACAUUAAAGUUUAGUAGUACAAUGAACAGUAUCGAGCUUAAUAAAAAAUAAAAUAAUGGAUAUAGAUAAAAAUAAUCUUGUCGAAAAAAGCCGAGCAAGAAACAAGCAACUUGUAUGUCUGCAAGAUUUUUUUAUUAUUUAUUUAUUCUAUACAUAAAAUUAAAUUUAUAUAGAAAAAAAAAAAAAAAA